AUGAUGUGAGUGAAGCAACUGGGGGUGAUGAUGAUAAGAAAAGAUUUAAAACAGAAUCUCUGAAAACAAAAAUUAAGACACCCCUUAUGACAUUAUCGGGACACACAGAUGGUGUCACUGGUGUUCAGUGGAUUGACACAAAUGAAGUUGUUACCUGUGGACUAGACUGCACUCUCAGAAUAUGGGAUGUGGAACUUGGUGGCUUAAAGUCACAAUUGAAUGGAUCAAAGGCUUUUCUGGGAAUUGCAUACUCACCUUUAUCCAAGCUGUUAGUUUCUGGGUCAUCUGAUCGCCAUGUUAGGCUAUGGGAUCCUCGUACUAAAGAUGGAACCCUUGUGAAAUGUGUCUUCUCAUCUCAUAAUCUAUGGAUAACGUCCCUCGCCUGGUCACCCACUGAUGAGCAUCAUUUUGUAUCUGGCUCAAUGGAUUCCAUUGUGAAAUUAUGGGACACAAGAAGCCCCAAAACACCUCUAUUUGAUAUAUCUGGACAUGAAGAUAAAAUAUUUUCUGUUGACUGGUCUUUGAAAAACUAUAUCAUUAGUGGUGGUGCUGAUAAUCAUGUAAAGCUUUACAAAUUUGAGGAAACAAGAAACAGUACAGGUCAUGGUUCACAAAUUGAUCCAAUGGAAACCUAGUACUUAUAAAUAUUUAUUUGUAAUAACUGUAAAUAAAUUGUUGUAUUUUUCAAA